AUGGUUAUUUUCAACCGUAAGUGGGUUCGCGAGUUUGAAGAAUCUACCUUUGACUGGGUCGAUACAAGCCCAUUUAGGUCCAAUGGCAUCUCCUUCCUCUGUCGCUACACCGCAAUGUGGAUCGGCAUCGGCUUUUCGUUAGCUGCUUUUGGAUCUGACCUUUACACCGCCAUUGUCCUACUAGCAUACAACCGCUGGGCCUCCAUAGUUGAGCCUGUCGUCCCGUUCUUCGUCUCACGAUGGCUCUUUGCUGGAUGUAUCUUCUUCUCGAUCCUGCUCCUGCUCAUAGACCUGGCCAUCGCCAUGCGCAUCAUCCGCAGACGCAAUAUCUCCAUGGCAUACACAAACACCUUGGCCCGUAACUACCACUCCAUCAAAAAUUAUAAUCACUUUUGUCUCUUUGUCCGCAUAUCAAAAUCUCGUCCCUUUAAAGAGUCAAUGGCCUUCUUUGUCUUCUUUGCUUACCAUGGGUGGAUCAGACUCAUCUUUGCUGAAACCCCGCGUCAAAUCAUUAACACUGCAACUCUUGUCGCAACCUUGAGACAGACCUCUAUCACAGAAAUCGCCACAUCCUCCAGCCUCGAGGCUUUUACCCUGGGUCUCAUGGCCUUUUCUUUAACCAUCUGGGCAUUUUCCAUGGCUGAGUUCAUCAUGGCUCUUCUUUUUACACUUCCGGUCUACCUCAACGUCCAAAAAUUAGGAGCUUCCGGUUUGGAAGAGUAUUGCUGUGUUCGGGUCAACAAAAAACUCGCUCAGUUACUCGCCAAAACCCAAGGCUCUACUUCCUCCAAUAUAAAGCUCAGAACUUUUGAUAUAAACCAAGAAGAAAUAGAAGAAGAAGAUUCUUCAUCCAUUUCUACAAUUCCUAUUCCUCCCCCUCCUCCUAGAAACCAAAGAAACCAGAGAAACCUUCAUAAAAGAGCUCCAAGUCAUCAUGAGGAUGUUGAUUCAGAAACAACAGCUUACUGGACAGUUUCACCAGCUGGUUCUAACUGGCCUCCUGGAAUUCCUAAACCUCCACAUAAGCGUUUGGCUAGCGAAGCACUCCAGCAGCAUCCCCCCCUAAAUUCUUACCGCAUUCCACGUAAACAAGUGACUGUUCAAGGUUCUCCUGCCUAUCGAGAAGCCUCCGAACCAAACUCCAAGCGUCGUUCAUUUCGUGGACUUACUCAAUCUCGCCUACUCCAGCAUCACUACCCCCCAAAGCAAUUGGCACAUUCUCAAAGCACGGAGCAUCUUCUCCAAUCCCAACCUUCUCUUGCAUCUAUUCGAUCCCAAAACUCGGAACCUUCCCAAAAUAUUGGAUUCCAACAGCAACAGUCAGUGCUGGGCUCAACUUCCUAUAGAGGCUUCACACCUAUAACCCCCCAAGAUAUGGUUUCAUAUAACCGCUCAACCUUUUCCGACGGACUGCGGCCUCAGCCAUCGCUCGAAAGCCUCGCAGUUUUGCCAGGCACCGGGUGGCCUCAAGCCGCACCUGCCGCACAGCAAUAUCAUCAUUACUAUGAACAAACGGCUCCACCGCCGCUAGAAACUGCAGAGGCGGGUGAAAGCUUCCGACAAAUUAUUCCUUCAGUACAGGUCCCCGGAGCCCGAAACGGCGCUUAA